GACCCCAGCAAACAAUGAAGCUAGCUAAUAAGCUAAGAGUUUUCAGAGUUGACAGGUUUCUGUCCUGAAAAUAAGAUGUCUGUUCAGGCUGAGGUUCCGGAGCAGGAGGAGUUUGACAAACUCUUUACCGUGUUUGACGGCUCUUCCCCGGAGGAUGUGUCACACGCCCGGCAGCUGUGGAGCUCUCUGUCCCUGCUGCCGCCGCUGGAGUCCCGCCUGGUGUCGGCUGAUAUCCGCCAGAGGCUGCCGGUGUCCCGGCCGCAGCGCAGCAGCACCGGUGCCAGACCUUCCGCUUCGGAGCCUCCGAGUGUCCACGAUGCUCUGCAGCUGCAGGAAGAGAGGCGGCGGUACGCAGCCAUGGCCGACCAGAGGAAAGAGAUCCAGGCUCUGAUGAGGAGACAGAGGGAGCAGAGGAUUCAGAAGGAGCUGCUGUCUGUGGCCUUCAAACCUAAGGCGAAGGUCUUCAGAGAAAACAUGAGGCAACAACAAGAAGCUUCAGAGACUGAGAUGGACAAGGAGCUGGUGAAACAGCUUCAGUAAAAAAGGACUGAUAGAGAUACAGAUAUGUCAAAAUAAAACAUCAGUUUAUUGCUGUGAAAUGA